UUAAUAGAUAUAGACAAAACAAAGCAACAUCUUUCACUAAAUCCUCUGCAUCAAUAGUAUCUUAAUUCCGUCUCUAAUGGCUGAAGAGAAGAUCGUGAAGAAGACUCCGUCGGAGAAGAAGCCACAAAAACCAAAAACCGCCACUCAUCCUCCAUACUUUCAGAUGAUAAAAGAGGCUCUGAUGGCUCUGAAAGAGAAGAACGGAUCAAGCCCUUACGCUAUAGCUAAGAAGAUAGAGGAGAAACAUAAACCCUCACUUCCAGAGAAUUUUCGUAAAACACUUUCUCUACAGCUUAAAAACUCUGUCGCUAAAGGUAAGCUCGUGAAGAUCAGAGCCUCUUACAAG